GCUUCUUCUGACUACGAGCCUGAUUCCUCUGGUGAGUCGUCAGACGUGCCCUCAACGGCUCGCCACCACGUGGCGUCUGGUACGAACUCGGAUUCCGGUGAGGUUUCCACGGACAUGGAGAGUGUGAAUCGUCCAGGUAUUAUCCAGGUAUUGGAAAACUCCGUGGAUGUGACUGGCCCGGUCGACGCUCCUUAUCCAAGUUGGGUUGCAUGGACCUCGUAUCUGAAGAAGUACUCAUUGGAGACACGCCAGAUCAUCCGGGUCUUCGGCACUUUAAGUUGCGAUGAUGAGUGAUACCGAGACCUUGUUCAUCCCAGUCAUUUUCGGAAACAGGCACUGGUGUGCUGUCAUUGUGGAUGUUAAGGGAAACGAAGUCAUGUAUUACGACUUCAUGAACCAGAGGUCAUACAAGAGUGUACUGGACCGGUUGUCGUGGGACUUGGCUGAAACUUUUGAGCGAUGGCUACCAGGUGAUCGCUAUCAACUCGCCAAUCCAGACAGACGGCCACUACUGUGGCUUCUACGUGAUGCUCAGGUUCUGGCGCUACAUCGACAGAAGUGUGUCGUUGGAGUUAACCCAGAAUGGACUCACGCUGCUGCGGUUCCGCAUCCUGCAGCUUCUGCUCAAGGGUAGCAUUCUAAACUGACUAAUUAAUCGAUUUCAUUUCACUUUUUCUAUAUAAUA